AUGCCCCACAGCAGCUACAUCCCUGACCUUGUUGGCCACACAAUAAACCGCGGUCGGCUCAGAUUCACCGCUACUCUCGGCUCCGGCUCCAACGGCGUUAUCUUCCUCGCGCGAGACACCACAGUACCGUCAAAUGCCCUCCCCGUCGAGUACGCGGUCAAAUGCAUCAUCCGCGCGGGGAAGGGCACUCGACGACAUGCCCUGCAGCGGCAAGAGAUCCAGUUCCAUCAGCGGCUAUCCUACCACCCAAACGUGGUUACUCUCCACCGCGUCAUCGAGGAGAAGGACUACAUCUUCCUGGUCAUGGAUUACUGCCGGGGCGGAGACUUUUUCACCUUCCUCUCGAAGCGGAGAGACUAUCGGGGAGACGACGAGUUCAUACGGCGGAUGUUCCUCCAGAUCAUCGACGCGCUCGAAGCAUGCCACGCGGCUGGGAUCUACCACAGAGACAUCAAACCCGAAAACUUCCUCGUCAGCGAGGACGGCACUCGGCUAUGUUCGCUGUACAUGAGCCCAGAAUGUAUAGGGGCCGACGCUCGCCGCCCCGCGUACAACACGCGCGCAAACGACAUAUGGGCCCUCGGUGUGAUCCUCACCUCGAUGAUCUCGGGUCACAACCCGUGGAACGUCGCGACCGCCACGGACCCGUGCUACGACGCGUACGCCCGGAACCCGAACUUCCUGCACGAGAUGCUCCCGAUCUCCCUCCGCGCCAACACGCUCCUCCAGCAGAUCUUCGCCCCCGAGCGCGGCUGCGCCCGCGCCGCCCCCCGCAUCUCCCUCGCGCGCGUCCGCGCCGCGGUGCUCUCCAUCGACUCCUUCUUCAUGCGCCCCGCCGAUAUCGCCCGUGGGGGCGAGUACCUCCGCGCGAGCGCGGUGACUUACUUCGGCGGGAGCCGCCUCCAGGUGUACUACACCCCCUGGGCACCCCUCCCCGAACCCCUUGGAACCUCCUCCGGAGCCGCCGCUGCCGCCGCCGCCGACGAUGACGACGACGAGCCGGCGCACGCCCGCACCCACACCCGCUCGUCGACGCUCGAGUCGGCGGGGCCGAACACGCCGGAGCUGCGCGCGCUGAACCUGAACGUGGAGGUCUCGGACGGCGAGUCGCACGCGCCGUCGUCGCCGUCGGGCUCGCCGUACGGGAGCCCGCCGUUCGGGCGGUUUUGGAGCGGCGGGGGCGGCGGGCGGUUUGCGUCGCCACCGAAGAAGCCGCACCCGCUGAUGGCGCCGGGUGGCCCUCCGUCCCCGGGGCUGUUGAGGCGGUUUAUGGACCGGUUUUUGAUAGAUUAG